UUAUAAAUGAGUAUAUUUUACGUAUUGCACUCGCAAAGUUUUUGGGUGUGGACGUUCCGGUCAUAUUAACUUAAAACAAAAAUAUCUGUCGAAAAGUCUAAAUCAUUACUGUUCGAGAGUGAUGUGUACAUGAAGUAAUGUUCACGUUGAAAUAGUGUGUUUUCGUGUCAUUCGAUUGAACAUGGGGGUUCUCCUGAAAUUAUGGACUGGGUUACUAUUUUCGGCCAUUUUUCGCUGCGGAACGUUUAUCGCAGGAUACCCAUCCGGGCCACCAGACUCGGCGUGCUCAGAUCUUUUACCAGGACAUGUUGACAAUGCUGGUAACCAGAUUCAACCCCAACAAGGAACAGCAUCGCCAUACCUAAUCUUCAGAGGAAACCAGGAUAUAUAUGAUUUAGAUAAUCCUAUAACAGUGACGAUACUCCGGAACCCUGAUGUCCCUGGAUCCAUAAACUACAGGGGAUUUGCAAUGAAAGCGGUGGCAAAUGAUUCGGCAGAUGCCCCUGCCGUCGGAAUCUGGACAGGUCAUCCGGCUGGUUUCCGAUAUGGGAACUGCGCGAGUGACCCAAAUCGCAUGGUAACGCAUGCCUCUCCGGCUGAUAAAAGUGCCGACACGUUGACGGAAUUCUUGUGGAGAGCUGCUGAAAAUUAUGGAGAAAUUCGGUUUAUAUCCACGUUCGUUAUAGACCAUCAGACGUUUUACACAAACGUCCAGACAGCUAGUCUGUCUUUCAGGGAGGACCCCUGCUUAACAAGCAACCCUUGCUUAAAUGGAGGACUGUGUUCAGCCACAGUUCAGCCAGGACCUCCUGAAAAUGUCGUCUUUUCGUGUGCCUGCUCUGAUCCUUGGGAAGGAGACACGUGCCAAACACUAAUUGAGGGAUGCAGAGCCAAUCCUUGCGUUAACGGAGAUUGUACAGACGGCGGAGGUUCCAGCUAUACCUGCUUUUGUUAUACUGGUUGGACAGGUUUAAAUUGCGAUUCUGAACUCAACGAAUGCCUCUCAAGCCCUUGUGUGAACGGAGCUUGUGUGAACGAAGUUAAUGGAUAUACUUGUACUUGCCAAGAGGGAUGGGCAGGAACGCUAUGUAAUAUAGUUAAUAAUGGAUCAUGCUCAUCUAACCUGUGUCAAAACGAAGGUGUAUGCGUCGAUGCUCCAUUCGAUUACUACUCGUGUAAAUGUACCAAUGGAUAUUAUGGAAAUCACUGUGAAGUUGGACAGAAUGAUAUCGAAUACUUUGUAAACAAGUUUGAUGAGCUCCAGAGCCCCAAUUAUCCCCAGAGUUAUCCGAACGAUAUUGACCGCUUCUACACUGUACUGGUCCAUGGCGCUACGAACAUCAUCUUCACUAUUGUUGAACUUGAACUUGAAGAAAAUGUAGAUGAAUUAUCAUAUGGAUACGAUAGCUUCCUCGCAAGACCCCUAGGAACGUUUACAGGAAUCAUCGCAAACCAUAGAAAAGAUGUUCAAGGAGAUUUCGUCUGGUUCCGAUUAGUGACAGACGGGAGCAACCCCCAAUCGACAAACUAUGUUGGUUUCAGCAUCACAUAUGAAGCAGAUAUUGAUGACUGUGCAACUCACUUGUGUGAAAAUGGUGCUACGUGUGUUGAUGUUGGAGUAGGCGCCUAUAGGUGUGAUUGUACUGAUCAGUUCGAGGGCAUAUUCUGCCAAAAUAGUAUCGUGCCUAUGCCUUGUGCAAAUGACCCGUGCAAUGGCAACGGUGAUUGCCGCAAUGUCAAUAAUGUUUUUAACUGUGAUUGCUAUCCUGGAUAUCUUGGGCAGACCUGCAACAUUGCUGACCCAUGUUUUAACAACCCUUGUUUGAAUAACUGUGACUGUAGUGUCACCGCUACAUUUACACCCAGUUGUUUAUCUACUAACCCAUUCAUCACGGGCUCACUUUGUGAAAUCGUCCACCCAUGUAAUGAUCCACAACUCUGUGAGAAUGGUGGAACCUGUAAUCCAUCAGGAUCUUCAUUUUCAUGUUCUUGUCUUCAGGGAUUCAUUGGGGAUGUGUGCCAACAUGAUGACCCGUGUGAGCCGGUAAAUCCGUGUCAAAAUAGUGGAACAUGCAACCCUGCAAUGGACGGAUCCAGCUUUACGUGUGCUUGUAUUUUGUUCUGGGGAGGUUCAACGUGUACUGAACCAUUGGGAUGUGACAACGUGAAUUGUCAAAAUGGUGGGACGUGUAACAUUGAUCCAAUUAGUGGAAAUUUCGAUUCAUGUGACUGCACUCCGGAGUAUUAUGGGCCUUUCUGUUCCAAUGCAUUCCCAUGUACCAACCAGGGCACUGGCAGUGGUGUAUGCAAUGGACAAGGCACUUGUGAGAAUAUUGAAGUUGCUAGUGGAAUCUAUACUUAUCGAUGUACCUGCAACACUGGAUACGUAGGACUCACAUGCAGAUAUGAGGAUCCUUGUAGCGCAGUUAACGAUCCUUGUCAGAACAAUGGAGUUUGCUCUGUCAUGUUUCCUUCUUCUGAUCCUGAUGCUGCACCAAUUGCUUCAUGCUCGUGUCCCGUAAAUCUUUACUAUGGAGACAAUUGCCAAAAUGCUUAUCCUUGUACCAUUAAUCCAUGCUUAUCCGGAGGAACUUGUACAGACAUUGGACUUGUUGACUACGAUUGCAGUUGUACUAAUUCCUACAUUGGGGAACGAUGCCAAGCAGUUAAUCCGUGCAAUAGCAACCCAUGUUUGAACGGCGGUGCAUGUGAUGGAUCUGUGGUCUCUGGCACUACAACUGAAUACAGGUGUACUUGUAUAGGCUCAUGGACAGGUCAACGAUGCGAAAUUGGUGCUUGCUCACCAGUAAACCCGUGCAUGAAUGGAGCAACUUGUCAAUCAACGUCGAGCGGCACAUUUCAGUCAUGUCUUUGUCCGCCAGGGUAUACUGGGACGCGAUGCGAGACUGAGAUUCCAUGUUAUGACACCAGAAAUCCUUGUCAAAACAAUGCACCAUGUACAUCGACCGACCAAGACCAGAACUUUUUCUGCACGUGCUUUACUGGAUAUCUUGGACCUCUAUGCCAAUAUGAAUCCCCAUGCAAUGCCCAGCCGUGUGCAAAUAGUGGUACUUGCAAUGUGAUUGACAGAGGUGAUUUGCCGCCCAACUAUUCUUGUGACUGUCCCGAAGACUAUUACGGAACUAUGUGUCAAAUUCCCAAAUCGUGUCUCACUGAUCCCUGUCUAAACGGAGGGACAUGUAACCAGGUGACAAACACUGUACACACUUGUAAUUGCCUACCAGAGUACACCGGAAUGCGAUGUCAGUACGAUGACCCAUGCUUGGUGACACCUUGUGUAAACGGUGGGGCAUGUAGUCGGAUUGAUGACGGUCUCAACAGAAUUUGCAUUUGUACAGAUUCUUGGAUUGGAGAUGACUGUUCACUGGACGGCGGAUGCAAUCCCGAUAACCCGUGCGUAAAUGGGCAAUGUGUUUCGGACAGCUCUACCGGAAGUUUUGUUCGAUGUGAUUGUGAUCCUGGAUUUAUAGGCUCAGUCUGCCAAACCAUUGAUCCGUGUUUCAUCAACCCUUGUCAAAAUGACGGUCAGUGUAAUAUCGUUUCCACUAACGGAGCUCAACAUGUAUGUAUUUGUGCACUUUCAUGGACCGGUAACUCCUGCGAAAUACCUAGCGGUUGCAAUCCCAAUCCUUGCAAUGGAGAGACAUGUAUACACAACACUUUAACAGGAGAAUUAACGAGGUGUGACUGUCCUCUUUCACGUCUCGGUGACAAUUGUGAAUUUGUAAACCCUUGCAAUUCGAACCCAUGUCAGAACGGAGGUGUAUGUGAAGUUACGCCUGGGAUUGAACCACCUGUAUACCAGUGCUUGUGCCCGCAUGAAUGGGUAGGGAAUAACUGCCAAGAAGCCGGCGGAUGUCAAGGAACAGUUUGUCUGAAUUUGGGUACUUGCGUGUAUGAUUUCACUACCGGAGAACACAUUCGCUGUGAUUGCACGUCAUCAUAUACCGGUGCUAAUUGUCAAAUAGCGAGACCCUGUUCUACCGAUCCCUGUCAGAAUGGAGCAACUUGCAAUCCGAUGGGCGACAGUGAUUACUCUUGUACUUGUACUACAGAGUGGGUCGGGCGCCACUGCAAUAUUGAUAAUCCAUGUAUUCCAAAUCCUUGUCAAUAUGGAGGGACAUGCGAGCCUACAAAUCAAGGAACAUUUUCAUGCUCAUGCAGAGAUGGAUUCACUGGUACAAGAUGUGAAGAUGCUGAAUUGUGCCAGAGUCGUCCGUGUUUCAAUAAUGGACAAUGCAGCGUAAAUGAUGUGGGGACGGAGAUUAUAUGUGACUGUCCAAUUCUGUUCUCAGGACCCCUCUGUCAGGAUUCUGAUCAGUGUGCAAUAAAUCCUUGCCUCAAUGAUGGAAUAUGCCGACCGAAUGGAAAUACCUUCACAUGCCAAUGCCAGAACGAUUUCACGGGUGAAAUUUGCGAAACGCCAGUGUCUGUGGUGAGUUGCAACAAUGAAUGUAGCGGUAAUGGUGCCUGUAUUCCAGAUGCUGAUGGUAACUUUGUAAGGUGUCUGUGUUUUGCUGGAUUUACUGGACCACGGUGUGAGACUGCAGUGUCAGUUUGCGAUAGAGUAGAGUGCUUAAACGGAGGCAGCUGCUUCUCAACUGACAACAACGGUUUCAUUUGCUCGUGUGCUGGUGGGUUCAGAGGAACAUUGUGUGAAAUAGAAGAUGGUAAUACACAAAUUUGUACUGUGAAUACAUGCUUCGGCAGAGGAACGUGUGAUGAUUCUGGCAAUACUGUUAGAUGCGUAUGCGACGAGGGAUAUACAGGUCAAUUCUGCCAAACAACGGUUUCAUCGUCCCAGUGCAGUGGUUUUGUGUGUUUGAAUGGCGGGUCGUGCUUUCAAAGCACAAUUACUGGUGAAUUCAUUUGUACUUGUGUCUCUGGUUUUACGGGAGAUCGAUGCGAAAAUGAUACACGUCAAUGCAUUCCAAACCCUUGCCGAAGAGGUUUAUGCUCAACGACAGGGAAUGGAUACACAUGUAGCUGUUUCAAUGGCUUCACAGGAACAAAUUGUGACAUACCGACCACUACCAGUUGCUCACCAAACCCAUGUAAGAAUGGCGGAAGAUGUUCAAUCUCUUCCAAUCAACUUACACCAACAUGCACCUGUCCUUCCGGAUACACUGGCGAUGUUUGUGAAUUCGUUCCAGCAGGUGGACAUGCGACCAAUAUAAAAUCAUCAAGUUUGACUUUCCUGUUUUGUAUCAUCUCACUGCUGAUGGGUUUAUACCAGUGAUGCAUCAACACAAAUCUAGCCCCCAUAACACAUUACCCCGUAACCCCAUUUAGGAUCAAUCGUUACUUUGAAAGAACACUUCUGAGGAAACAAAAACUUGCAAAUGCACAUUUGGAAUAUGGGAUAUAGAUAAAGAUGCUUUUUAAAUUGUAAAUUAACUUUAUUUCAAAGUAAGACCAGUUAAAAUAUAUGGAAUAUAAUUAAAUAAAACUGUUUAAAUUCUGCACGUCUAAAUGAUAUUACUAUAGCCACUGGAUGAACAAGUCAGUGCCCUAUAUUUUGCCAUCUUCGUUUUACUCUUUAUAUUAUCAGAUUAGAAGCAUAUACUUAUGUCUUUCAGGAUGAAAAAAAAUAUACAUGUUUGUGUCAUUUCAUUUAUUUCCUGUACAUCUUACACUUCAUUAUUUCAUUCCUGUCAACAAUGAUGAUGCAAUUUGUUGAGACGUAUGUGUCUAUCCUUCAUUUUCCUUCAGGCACUGUUAUAUUCUUUUCCGCUUUAUAAUAAUAUUUAUCAUGUAGAAUUAGAUAGAUAUAUUUGAUAUUUUCUACCUCAGUAUUAUUCACCCCCUUUUUCUCUCCAUCUCUCUCUUAAAUUAUAUAUUUAUCUACUUUUUAUGCUCUAUAUUUCUCUUCUUUUUGUAUUUUUUUCUUUUUUCCUCCUUCUCUUUUACUAUGAAACAAUGUUACCUGGGUAUUAUUUUUUAUUCCUAGUCUGCAGCAUAAUCUAUAAAAAGAAUAAUUUGUACAAGAUGGCGUACUUCAGAAAGUAUACUCAGUGCCAUUAUUCAUAGUUUUAGGCAGAAUAUUUCCAUUUGUAGUAGAUCCUUGAUCCAAUAAACCAUUGAAAUUGGGGACAAACCUUCUUUCGUUUCAUCCAGUAAAGAUCAGGCCAGAUAGUAGAUAGAUAUUAUUUACUCUGCUACUAUGAGGAAGAAAAGAAGCCCAAUUACAAUUCCAUUCCAUUCCACUCAAAUUGAUGGAAAAACAUACAUCGGACCUCAAAGUUGUCAAAUUCCCCAUUAAAAAACUGACGAUAGACAACCUCUUAACAUGUAAUGUGAAAUCAAUUGAUUAUUUGGGAGCACUGCAGUUGGUGUCUAAUAAAUGAUUGCUAUCAUUAUACAUGGAAAUUAUUUCACUAUUAACUCACUGAAAAUGUUUAUUAUCAGUUUUAUGUGAUUUUAAGGAAAAACAUAAUUAUUAUAUUGUAUAUGAUGUUCUUAAGUUGUAUUACUAAUCUUUGUGGUGGCGGAUUCUUCUAUUUAUAAUGAAAUUAUACUGAGAGGAUUUUGAUGAAUCAAAUACAUCUUUUGCACAAGAUUGCUCUAUAUUAAAAUUUGUUGAGUAUACAUACAUGUUUUUAAAUUUUUGUAAUGAUUAUCACAGAAAGUUUAUCUUGUCAGCCGGAAAUGAAACUUUUCAUUCAAGCUCUAAAAAAUGUUAUACAAUAUUUAAUUACUUUAUUCUGUUUUGAAUUGGAUGAAGUCUAACAAAAAUGAAAAGGGAUUUACUCAGAUGUUUAAAAUGCAAUAGAUAUUUGAAUGGAACCCUAUUAGAAUGAUCGUGUCCACUUGUGUAAUGCAGCAACUAUAGGCUUUUCUUUAUUAUAGAUUUCUAUUAAAGCCCUGUAUAUUCUACUGCUUUGCUAAUACAUUUUAGUAUCUAUUUUAUCAGUCAACAAAUUGAAGUGCCUUUCGAUGUUUUUUCCCCAAUGUAACAAACAGUACUGUAAAUUGUAUAUCCUACAUAGCUAAGGUUAAGAGAGAAUGUUUAUUUUGCAGCAUAACUUAUCUGUUUACUUUCAUGUAAGUCAUUUUCAUCAGAUCCAAUCUUGAUCUGAAAUCUGCUGGUUUAUUUGUUUCGCAUUUGUGAAAUUAUACAGUUACAUCAAAAGUUGUUGCUUAUUUAUUGUUUAAAAAGCAGGGUCUUUCAUGUCAGUACUACAGAACAUAUGAAAUAAUAUAAGGCACACAAUGUCAACCAUGUAAACAAUGAAAAGAAGGAAAAGUUCUUAUGUAUUCUGAAAUAAAUGCAGAAUGAUAUCUUAAUUUAAAUCACA